AUGAUCUCCCACAUCGUGUGGGUGUUAUUAUUGACUUUUGUGGUUGUAGUUGAAGCACGUGAGGUUUUGCCUCCCUGGGCGUAUGAGAAUCGGACAUUGUAUCCAAUACUUCCAGUGUAUAAACGUCGACCUUUGCUGAGUAUCGGUAUUCUUAGUGAUAUUCAGUAUGCCAAUAAGGAGGAGGCAUCCCGACGUCACUUCCGUCUUAGUCCUGGUAAGGUAAGGCACGCGGUGAACGAGAUGAAUGCCAAUCGAACUCACAUGGACCUUGUCAUACAUCUUGGGGACACUGUGAACGAUAACAUUGAAGCGCAUCUCCCCGCUAUUGCUUCGCUAUUAAAGCAAUUACAGUACCCUUUCUACCAGAUGCUGGGGAACCAUGAUUUUCAGUUAGUGGAGGAAAAGAAGAGAGAUGAAGUCCACCGUUUACUGGGUAUGCCUGCCCGGUACUAUAGUCUUCGUGCGGGAGAGGGCGGUGCUUUUCUUCUUAUUCUGCUUGAUGGCACAGAUCUUUCUUCGUAUGCAACGAAAAGAGGCACUGCCAGACGGGCUGAAGCAGAGAGUAUGAUCCGCCUUUUUCGCCGACGCAAGAGUAUGCGGGAUUUCAACGGAGGUAUUGGGGAUAGACAAAUGCGUUGGUUACGCAGUCAACUGGAGUAUGCCAGUUCACAGAACCUAGUGGCGUUAGUGUUUUCCCAUAUUCCUAUGUAUCCACAUGGAGAUCUAUUGAACCUUUGGAAUGAUGUGGAAGUUGUGCGAUUAAUUUCUCAAUAUCCCUGUGUGGCUGCAGUUAUCACAGGGCACACACAUCGUUGGGCGUACACAGCUUUACCGGUUGCCCAUCGUGAUGGGAACUUUACUAUACAUUUUAUUUCAUUUGGUGGUAUUGUGCAGUCACCUUUUACUUCCUGGGGUUUUGUUGAGGUGUAUGAGAACGAACUGCAUGUCCACGGACUGACCUUUGGUCGUGCCUUUGAUCACCAUCUGCAGAUCAAUAAGACUGUCUUGCACAAACUGGCCACAUCUGCGACUGUGACCGAAUCGAUAGAUCGUGGGAAACGUGAAGUGAUGAUAGUUUCCCAAUCUGAUGAUCCUGGUGAUCGAAUUCAUCAAUCAAAUACAUCGUCAGUGAUGACUCGAUUGGCUGUAGAGGAUGUAAACGACGUUCCAGGCCCUAUGGGCAUUGAAUGGGUUCUUGUGGCACCUAUGCUGUUUGGAAUGGGAGUCAUGAUAGGGGCCUGGCGCAGGAGAUAUCAAAGGAAUCAACGUUGUUUUCUCGCCGGAAUUUGGGCUGAAGUAUUACGGAAAAAGGAUUUUUUUAGCUCAUCAAAGGAAAGGAAUUAG